AUGGGAGUUGGGAAGAAGACUGCUGCAAGGAUUGUGGCUUUGAUGCAGGUGUGCAGUCUAGCUUGGACCAAGAAUGUGAACGAGUUGACAGCAGCACCAUGUGUCCUUUUCUUGGACAGGCUCGACUCCAAAGCAACUCAGGUGGCAGUGUUGGAGAAACAGAUAGAUCUUGAUGCUGUCGGUGUCACUGUAACUAUCGCUGCUGGGCUUGCUCUUACCGAUGACUGA